AUGUCGCCAUCACGACGCUUCUUGCUGCUGUGGUUGAUCGCAGCAUUGAAUGUCAGCCUCGGCCAGGUGUCUGUCGUGAUAUCCAGUUUCAAGCAGAAAAGAUGUCUUGGGUGGCAGAUAGAACUCUUCCUGGCUUGUCCUAUCGUGACGCAUAUUCAUGUUAAUUGGUUCGAACCUAACGGCCCAGCGCCCAACAACACGAGCAAGAUAAGUUAUGAUGUCCUCCCGGAUCGGAUAUCAUUUCGUUUCUUUCCUCGCAAGUUCAAGACGCAGGCUGUCUUCACCACCGACGUGGACGUGUUCACCUCAUGCUCCGCGCUCAAGUUUGCAUAUGAGAUUUGGAUGAGAAACAAGAUGGGGGUCAUAGCGUUUCAUCCUCGCAACCUCCGAACCAACGGAACCGAGAUCUGGGAUGAAGGUUAUUAUCAUCCUUACCGACACAACACAGCAUACGUGACAAAAGGAGCUGUGAUGCAUCGUAAGCUGUUCAAGUUUUUCUUCUCCAGGGAAUAUGAGGCGGCCAGAAACCUCGUGGACAAACAUGUGACAGGAGAAGACAUGUUGUUUUCAUUCAUGAUGGAGAUUGAUCCAAGAGUUCAUGGGGUGCAGAUCGCUUGUCUGGAAUGGAAGCAUGCCUGCCACGUAGAUUGCAUACAGAACUCUGUGCUCCCCCUUGGGCUCCGGACGCAUUCCUUCAGGGUUUCUGUACUCAGACAGCUGUUCGAGAUGUUUGGCAAUCCAUUUAUUGAGUACUCGGGGAAGGAGCAGUAUGUCUGGGCGAGCGACAGGGAUGCUGAAGCUGCCUCUCCUGUCUGCCGGUCCAUCAACAAGGUUUAUGGCCCCAACACUCCACCGUGCAAGGAGUUCUGUAGAAACAAUCCAGUGUGUCCCGAGCAUUCGACUUGA